ACGUGUAAAAAUAUAUUCGAGAUUUAAAAUUCGACACACAAAAAGAUAUUCGAGAUUUCGAAAAAUGUCUUCAGUAAAAAUGAAUUGUGUUUUUGGUAUCGUUGUUAUCAUUUUAACUACGACAGAGUUGUUGUGUAGUUUUUUACCGUAUUACUCCUGCGGAGUUUCGCAGAUUAAUGGCAACUUUAAAGCUAAAGUGUGCACGGGAUUACUUGGAAACAACAUUAACAUAAAAAUAAGCGAUAAAGAAAAGUUGAGCUCAAACUUAAACUAUAUCAAUGAUAAAGCAACACCUGAGCAAGUUAGUGAAAACGGAGUUACUCCUGUUAAUGAAUAUAUUUUUACUUGCCUUUCUCUACUACUUUAUGUUUGUCUUUUUGUAAUCAACUGCGUAGAUGGUAAAAAGAAAACUAAUUGUGGAAUGAAAUAUGGAAAAUUUACGAUUUUUACUUGCAUUUAUUAUAUUUUCUCAAAUAUUACUGUGCGUGUUUAUAAAACAUAUGUAACUAUGAAUAUAGCUAUGAAUAUAUAA